AGCUGCCCCGCCCGACAUCAUCGCAUCAGCAGAGCAUUCGCCUUAGCACUGCACUGCUUAGGUACGUAUCACAGCACCACCAGAAUAUGAUUCAGCGCAAUUGACCGGAGAGCAUGGCCGAACGCACCCACCAGCAGGCCGAGGGCCACUACUUCGAGAACGAACCGCCGCCAAAAGACCUGAAAACCACCGUCACGCUCGCCCGCGAAUUCAUCAACCGCCAUGCCGACGAGGGCCGCCGCGUCGUGCUGGUAACUUCAGGCGGCACCACGGUGCCCCUGGAGACGCACACAGUGCGCUACAUAGACAAUUUCUCAGCCGGCACCCGUGGUGCAACCAGCGCCGAGUACUUUCUCGAGAAUGGCUACGCCGUCGUCUUUCUGCAUCGCCAGUUCUCGCUCCUGCCUUUCUCACGCCACUACUCGCACAAUACGCGCUCCUUCUUGGACUUCAUGAAGGAGGAGGAUGACCGGGUCGUCGUCGACCAACAACACCAGGAGGAGAUGCUGGAGGUGCUGCGGCAGUAUACCCAGGUCAAGCGCGAGGGCAGACUGCUGAUCCUGUCCUUCGUGACCAUCACCGAGUAUCUGUGGGACCUGCGCGAGGUCGCUAAGCUCAUGCAGCCCCUCGGGCCAAAGGCCAUAUUCUACCUCGCCGCCGCCGUGUCCGACUUCUUUGUACCGCGCGAUCGCAUGGUCGAGCACAAGAUCCAGUCCAACGAAGAGUUCAGCCUGACCGCAGAUGACGAGAACGGCAACGGAAAUGGUCGCCCGCCGGCGGCCCGUACGGAAGGACGAAAGCUUAUCAUUGACCUUGAGCCUGUGCCCAAGUUCCUGAAAUCUCUCGUCGACGGUUGGGCACCCGAAGGCAUGAUUGUGAGCUUCAAGCUCGAGACCGAUCCCUCCAUACUAGUGAAGAAGGCCCAGUACUCGCUGCAGAAAUACGCACAUCACCUCGUCAUCGGUAAUUUACUUCUGACACGGAAAUGGGAGGUUGUCUUCGUGUCCGCCAUGGACGGCGAAAAGUGGAUCCGCGUGCCGCGCCAUCGAAGGACGAAGAGUUUCUCUGGUAUCGAGGCCCUCGUCGGCGCUGCAGACCCAACAUCGAAGAAGGAACAGGAGGCCGAUUCGUCGCUUAUGACCGAGCAUUCAAUACCCCACGGCGAGCCCAUUUGCGAGAUCGAAUCCCUCAUCAUCCCAGAGAUCGAGGAAAUGCACACCAAAUUCAUACAGCAAACCCAGGCAAGGAAUGGCGCUUAAUUCCAUUGAAGCAUUUGGGCAGUUCAGACGAGGGAGUCUCUUGUCUAUUGUAAAUACGCCGCAUGUGGUAGGGAAGAGCAUUUCUGUCCUUUCCUCCCAUUCUGAAAUAGUCCUUUCCCGUUUCUGACCUUCUGAUGUGGCUAAUCCAGGAUCACUUGCCAUUUCGCAGUAGCGUGGCGUACCCUCGCACCGUACAAGAUCAGCAGCAUCGCGCCGAUGCCAACAAUAGCUACAAAGAUCCCCGCCAUCG